AUGCUAAUCAAGAACGCGCGCCAUCCAAGUGCGAUUCAUGUCGCUCGCGCAAGGUUGGAUGCACCCGAGGCCGUCCACGAUGUCAACGCUGCAAAGAAGAAGGGGUUGCUUGUCGCUACUCUCGCUCAGGACGCGUCACGCAGCGUCUCAGAGCAGCCUUCUACACUCCGAUCAGACGGCGGUGACCGUGAUGGAACAACAUAUGAGCGUUUGCAGCAGCUUUUGCCAGGCAAAAGUCAUCCUUCUAUCAAGGCCAUCGCGGCGCUGCUGGAAGAAUACGCGGCGGCUUGGCAGGGGUCGGCGGCUUUUGACCAGCUAAGUGAUGGUGCAGCAUCUGAUUUCUUCGUCUUCCGCGAGGAUCAAACUCGUGUUUGGCUGGAAACACUCAUCGCCACGCUCGAAAAGGAAAGACUGUUGCUCACCUCGGUGCCUCCAGACGUGCUAGAUCAGUUGGCCUCAUCACGUCCGCAUCAGGUCCAAGAUAGAGCAUGGUUGGUCAUGUUUUAUAGUAUCGCGCUGAGUGCUGAGUCCUCCAGCAACGACGCACCGGAUACAUCGACCAAGUCGAAACUGAGAAGCAACCUAUGGUUGGCAUUCAACGAUGUGAGGCUGCUGAUCGAACCAGCCGUCUCGAGUAUUCAGGCUUUACUCAUAUUGAUCUGCUACGCUGAGGAGUUUAUGACGCCCUCUGUUUGCUGGUCGCUGGUCACCAAAGCGUGUAUCAUGUUGCAAGCUUUGGGCAUCACGCACUGGCGCCUCGACUCUGCCACCAGCAACCUGCGCUCUGCACUCUUCUGGCGUUUAAAUAUGCUAGAUAAAGAGUUAGCCCUCAUCUUGUGUAGGGCGCCGGCGUUCCAUCGUGAAAUGGGGCAUGAUACCCCUUUGCCUACACUGGACAAGCUCUUACGCCUCCAGCCAGAUCGUCCCGCUGAUAGGACGGGGCCUGUUUUGUUCGAGGCGCACUAUACGUAUCAGAUGCAUCUACUAUCGCGCGUAAUGGCCGAUGCAUGGCAUAGCCUUUACGGACAAGAUUCUGAUAAAAUAUUCGCAGUCAAGGAGAGUCUUGAGUUAUGGUACCGCCAGGCAACGGAGGUUCUUGAGGCCGCUGCACUUGUUGAAAAACCAUUGCUCACUGCGAAUGAUGCUGUCCCGUUUGAUUUCGGCCUGCAAACUCUCCGCUUCCACUACCUUUCCCUUUUAGUCUUACUCACGGUAUCUAGCAAACAGAUGCGAUCACAGUCCAUCCUUCCCUCACAACAAAUGCUCAACAUGUUACCGAAUCUCGGCGAUAUGGUGCUAACCCAGACAGGGCCGUAUGCAUGUCUCCUAUGGCAAUAUAUACAUUGUCCUUUAACCGCGUUUGGGACCCUCUGGGGUGAAAUUGUGAUCAAAAGCAAUGCCAACUUAGAGCAGAGCAAACAAUUCUUAGAAGCGAUUGAGCAUCUGCCGCUAUUCUUGGGGAAGUUGACCUCACGAAAUUCGCUUGCAGGCAAAUUACAAAGUAUCACGGCGAGGAUCGUAGAGCAUGCCAGAGCAAUACUGGACUCCCAAGGUGAGGCAGAGUCAAGUACACCAACGGAAAAUGUUCCAAUCCAGGAAGUACGCUUGGAUCAACAGCUAUCCACGAACCUAACAUCACCGAAAAACGGGUUGAACAUUUCAAGCGGCGAAAAUUUCGACGCUCUGCUUGAUGAUCGAUUUACCUGGCCAAAUGACCCCUUUUUCGACACCACAUUCGACUGGUUCGCCUGGGACAAUCAGGAUCUCAGUUAG